CAGCCGCCGGCCGGGAGGAGUGCGCGGAGGGAGGCGGGGCGGCCGGCGGAGGCUUCCCCAGGGCCCGAGCGGCGGGAGACCUGAGCAGGCUCUGUGACAGCUCGUCGGCCGCCAUGUCAGCGAGCGGGGCUGAAGGCCGACUCUGCGCCUGGCUGUAGCUCCUGCGCCUGAGCUCCCAGACAUGGAAGGACUCUAAUGAAACAUAAAUGGUUCAACAAAAGAUGCUCUAAUGGAUGACAGCGAAACGCCUACAUAUAAUCUGCAGAUAGAACCACAAGAUGGGUGUUAUCCUGGUGACGGCGUGGAAAGUAGAGUAACACACUUGCCCUCUGCAUCAGACGAAAAUGAGAAUCAGCUUGGUGGGGAUGGGCGUGAGCCUCUGACCGGCAGCGACAGUGCCAUGGGCAGGCCUGAAGUGUCUGCACAGGACAGUCUCAACAAUAAUGAUGGCUGCACACCACCCUGUGAGGUGGCUGCGGGAGAGAAUUCGAAAAGCAUUUCUCGUGAAGGCCCCAGAGAUGGACAGGCCUUUUUGGAAAAGGACAGAGUAAUACCUGGAAAGAAAAGUGCAAAAAGCAAAAGGGGUGCUGCCAAGAAGACACCAGCAGGCCUUUCUUCAGGAGAUGCCACACCUUUAAUGAAAGAAAAUAUACUAAAUGCAGCCACACAUGCAGUUAGUGAUGAAGAGUCUGCAGAAGUAAAUGCUAAUGAUCAGCCAGAAGCCCCAAAGCUAGUUCUUCAAUCUCUGUUCUCACUUACACGAGGUGAAGUUGAGCAGUUGGAUUCAAGAGCCCUUCCCCUUUGCCUUCAUCAGAUAGCAGAGUCCUAUUUCCAGGAGGAGGACUAUGAGAGAGCAAUGAAAUUCAUUCAGCUUGAACGACUGUAUCAUGAGCAAUUGCUUGUAAAUCUUUCUACCAUUCAGGAACAGUGGGAAACAAAAUGGAAGACUGUACAACCACAUACAGUUACAUCUCUAAGGAAUUCAGAAAAAGGCUUUAAUGGUGAAGAUUUUGAACAGCUUACUAAAUUUUGUUCAACACAUCAAUAUCCUCUUUUAUCCAAACAUAAGAUAGCAGCUGUAGAAAAGUCCCUGGGAAGGAAAUGCCUUCUGCAGUUAAUAUUGUCUGAAGAUCCAAAGGAGAGAGGAGCUACAGCCAAAGAGCCGGAGAGUGAAGCUUGUCUUGGCAUGGAACCAAGUAAAGAAAGCCAACACAGAGAGGAGACCCUGGAGAGCAGCCCCUGCUCUCAGCAGACAGACGGGCAGGCAGGUCUCCGCAGCCUUCUGGGAACUGCAGGGAAGCGCCACACGGAGGAGCUGCUCUGCAGCACCGGAGCCACCCCAGAGCUCCACGCCCAGCCCUUGGAGACUGCUGGGAGCAGGGCUGUGCCACACUCUUCCGAUAAUGCUUGUGAGGAUGACAGCAGCUUGCAGCUGGCUCAGACGGAGGCCUGCCACAAUGUAGCCAAAAGAGAGGGCAUUGCUGAGGACCCUGAGGCGUCGCUUUCCAGGGGGUCAAUGUUAGAGCCAUUGACUUUACCAGCCUCUCACCUCGUAUCUUCUGUGUUGAUUUCUGAUGGUAAAUACUCACAGGCUCAAAGAAAGGAACUCCACUUGCCACUUCAGGGUGCUUCUGAGGCAUGGCCCACGGACCAGCUUGAGAACAAUGAAUUAAAUGAGCUGCAGCAACCUGGCCUCACGGACUGUGAUGGAAAAUCACCACAGGGGCAGGCUGACUCAGAGUGCUCUGAGGGUGUGCUUUGUGGAAAUAAUGAACUAUCUGAGUUAAGUACACUGCUUCCAGAGGUGUAUAUGGCCCCAGAGGAAAAGGGAGCUGAGGAACACGUCAGCAAAGAAACCGAAGACUAUUUGAACAGCCUUCUAGAAGGAUGCUUAAAAGAUACUGAAGAGCCCCUUUCCUGUGAAGAUAACCAAGAGGAAGACUCUGAUCUCCUUCAAGAUCUUUCCCCUGAAGAAGCAUCCUACAGUCUGCGGGAGAAUCUGCCUUCGGAUGAUAGCUGUCUUUCUCUCGAUGAUCUUGCAAAAAGGAUAGAGAUUGCAGAGGUUGUUCCUGCAGAGGGAUUGGUCUCUAUAUUAAAGAAGAGGAAUGAUACUGUAGGAGAUCAUUCUGCCCAGAUGCAACAGAAACCAUCUAAGCGAAGAGUGAGAUUCCAAGAAAUAGAUGAUACCUUAGAUCAAGAUGAAGUUGGAGGUGGUUCCUGUAUUUUACUGGUCCUGCUGUGCAUAGCAACGGUUUUCCUUAGUGUGGGAGGAACUGCAUUAUACUGCACUUUUGGUGACAUGGAGUCACCUGUUUGCACAGACUUUGCAGAUAACAUGGACUUCUACUACACGAAGUUACUGCAGGGAAUGGCAGAACUUAAACACUGGGUCUACCUCUCCUAGCAGCGUGCAAGAGGGACAGGCACACUGCCGCUAAAGAAGGAUUUUCUACUUCUAAACAAGAAGUUGGAAAUAAGGUAUUUCUCUGGAUUUGCCACUACAUCCUCCUCCUACUGCUCUUCUGUUACACUGUUGUGCCUGGUUCACCAUUCGUCUGGGUCUUACAUACAGAAAAGACAGCAGAGGCAGUUUCUCCACAUCUGCAAGCCACAGGACUGGGGCGGUUGGUGUGUAACCCUUCCAUUGCUUGUGUGAGUGACUUGGGAGGUCCUAACAGCAAGGCAGAGGGCUUCCCUGAUGUCCCCACUCAGUGCCUGGGGAUGACAGGUAAAUACAGCAUGCCCAGUUAGUGCAUGAGACACACUUAUACUAAAUAAGUACUUGUUUAUCUCAAAUUCAAAUUGGGCAUCCCAUAUUUUUCUUGCUGCAUGUGGCAGUCCUAUCAAUGCCCAAGUGGGUACAGAUACAGGACCAGAGGGAGGGGUUCAUCAGAGUGAGAGGUAGAGGGGGUUGAUUGCACACAAGGAGCUCUGGGAGCAGCUCUCAGCUCUGCUCCCCUUUCUGGAUUUGCUAAGCAUUGUAAUGUCUGGGUCUGUAAGCCAAAGGCCUGGCAUUAGCACAGCUGUGAGAUCAGUAAAUCUGCAAAGGGCAGAAUGGGGCCAGAAUUUGAUGGCAUUUGUGCUACUCAAAACUCUGGGUCUGUAGAAUUUAAGCUGGUAGUGUUUUGCAAAAGUAAGCCUUUAGAGCUUAGAAUGUAAUGCAGAAAAUUAACGUAGUACCUCACCUGAAGUGAAAAAUAUUCCAAAUGCCAAUCUGCAUGCUGUGUGCCGUAGUGCCCAUCUCACUCCACCGUCUACAUUGGAUGUACUCCCAGUUUUCAGCUAGCACCAGCUAAUACCACAAACAUGCGACAUGACCUAUAAUACCCACUUUAUUUUAGCUCUUGGGUCAUCUGGUUUUCAUUCAGGCCUUGUUCCAGAUAAAAGAUUGCUUGCUGCACCUCGCCAAAAUUAAAUUAUUAUUUUCCUCCUUUCAUGAAAAAAGACGGAUUUUUCAUUUGAUGUAUUCCUAGGCUUAGCUUUCGAUUGCUCCUGCUUUUCACCAGCAACCAUUGGCCCCUCUACCUUUUUGUUCACAGCUAAAGAAGGAUUUUCUACUCUUUUUAUUCUCAAAAGUGAGACCAGCUUCUCAGGAUGACAGCUGUAGUCUUUCUGUCUGACGUCUUCAGGACAGCAAACCCCAUUUUCUAUUAAAAAUGAUUACUCAUAAAUAGAAGUGCAUUAGUGUUAGCUGUGGCCAAAGCCAUCUUCCCUUCUGUGCAGAGUGAUAAACUGGCGAAAGGGCAGGAAGAGAAGGGUCAGGGCAGCCUGUCCCUGAAGAGCCACAGCCUGUGUGCUCAGAUGCCAGGCUCCUUGUGCAGAGUGAGCUUCUGUGUGUCCUGGAAAGAACCCUCCCCAGAGCUGCUUGGCCACUGCAGAUUUUAAUACAGGACACAGGAAAUGCUGUGUGUGCCUGCACAUCUGCAAAACAUCCUGGAUUUGUCAGGAAAAAGCAUGAAAGAAGAGCAGGAAAGGCAAUAAAAGAUAAUAGAACUUUAGAAAUUAUGUAUAUUGAUGAGUGUGUGUGUGGAUACAUUUUUCCCAUCUAGCUAGCUACUACUGAGUUGGGAUCAAUAAUUUAAAUAACACUGCUCAAGGGAAACGCUGAAAUGGUGAAACAACAAAACUCACCAAAUGCAGACCUGAGAGGGGGCAGGGUCUUGGGGGAUGAGAAACACACCUGUCUGCAAAAGCCUCCCUCCAGAAGUUGCACACGUGGCCACGGCCUUUGCCUGGGUUGCCCUUCCCCAGAGCCCAGAGGCACUUCUCCAGAGAAGCUUCCACAGCAACCCUCCCGCAGCCUCCCUAGCUGAGUGCUGUCUUAGCUGCAGAAAUGGAAUGCACAGCCUGCCACUGUGGGAGUUCUGGGGUUGCCAGAUGUGGGCCCUUGUCCUUCCCUCCUUAACUUACUACUCAAUAGGACUUUUUGGUGGGAUAAUAUGGUAAAAAUGAAGUGUUUUUUUCUUAUUCAAGUAAGGACUAAUCGGGACAAUCAGAAGCCUCAGGAAACCUUAGCAAGAGAGAACCCCCGUCUUAAAUUCCUGGAUCCCUUCUGAGACUUAAGUUCUUGCCUCACAAAAUUACAAGGAGGAAUGUUUUGUGGGUACACCAGUCUGAACUGGAGACCCCUUGCAAGCACGUGGCCUGCUGGAGGAGGGGCUAGAGCUGGUGGCUGGAGAGGCUACAGAGCCUGCCUGCAACAAUUCCUGCUGCAUUGUCCAAAUGUCCGUUAAACCAGUUAGAAGCCAGGCACUGGAGAGUCUUUUGUCUUCCUCAGCAGUGUUUCUAAAAUCUGGAGACCACCUAUGAUGAGGAAGAAUGUGUGUUAGUUUUCGUAUUUUCUAAUAUGUUGCCACCAGAUUUAUUGACAUGCCAUUUUAAUGCUCGUCGUCUUUCCUGUGGUCACUGAGUCACCUUGGGCAGCUGUGGCUGAUCUCUGGGGGCAAGCUGGGCCUUCAUCCUUGAGCAGGUACAGGCCUGGCGUCUCGUAGCCAGUCCUCCUUGAGUGAAGAAACAGGGCAGGAGAGGGUCCUGCAGUGCACCUCUGGGAUAGGGAGGAACUGGCACCCAGACCGCGUCCAAGGUGGACCCCAUGCUGGAGAUAUGGGGAGUCAGAGAGAGGAUGCUUGGAAGAGGAAGGAGAAUUCUCAUCCAGAGGCACAGAGAUGCACCUGGCUGCCUGGAGAACUCCCAGCCAAUCGGAGCCUGACUCCCCCUCCUCUCCACCAAUCAAGGCUUGCACCACCAUGCCCUUCCCCCAUGCCCUGCCCAGGCCAAACAGAGACAAGCUUCCCACUAGUCACCAAUCAAGGCUUCAGACAAAGAAUGAUGUCAUCAAAGCCCACGUGGAUUCACUUCAUCCUCUAGCUGGACGGUAAAUCCCUGCCUGGAGAGUUGGGCCUGCAGGUCUCUUGUCACUAGGUUCCUGUUGUUUAGAGGAGAGCAGACAGAGGAGAGCAGGACAAGGUAGGACAAUCUUUAGAGUUUAAAUUUAACAGGGCUGUUUUUGUUUUGUUUUUAAUUCUCUUGUGUGUUUAGAGUACAAAGUACAGGGUGGAAGAGAGGCAGGUGGGAAUCACUCCUCCCAUCCUGCACACUGUAUAAGAAGGCACAUUAAUUGAAAAAAUGACACUAACUUAGAUGUUCAUGAGACUCCUGAUACUGCAAGAAAAUUGUUCCUAAUCCCGUUCAGUGAGUAGAAUUUACUUCCCCUUGAAAUGGAAAUCUCGAAUCAAAAAAAAAAAACUGUCUACUGCUGCCCCCAUUUAAAG